AUGUAUAAUAGGCGGCAAAUUCCUAAUGAAUAUCAUCCAUUCCUACGUCAACCUUCGAUUCCAACGUCGACAAUAAAUGAAUAUCAAGUACAAGAAGAAAUUGGCAGAGGCUCUUUUGGCGCAGUACGUAAGGUAGUUCAUCUCCCGACAAAAAAAGUUAUGGUUAGGAAGGAGAUAAAGUAUGGUCAUAUGAAUAGUAAAGAAAGACAACAGUUGAUUGCGGAAUGCACAAUACUAUCGCAGCUAAAACAUGAGAAUAUUGUCGAGUUCUAUAACUGGGAUUUUAACGAACAACAAGAGGUACUUUUCCUGUACAUGGAGUAUUGUUCUCGGGGUGACUUGGGUCAAAUGAUUAAGCACUAUAAGCAAGAGCACAAAUACAUACCGGAAAAGAUAAUUUGGGGUAUACUUGCUCAAUUACUGAUGGCGUUGUACAAAUGCCAUUAUGGUGAUGAUUUACCGUCGUUGACAACUAUGUACGAUAGGAUGAAGCCACCAACAAAGGGGAAAAAUAUUGUUAUUCACAGAGACCUAAAACCAGGUAAUAUCUUCUUGAGCAAUGAAGAUCAAACUGAUAUAAGCGAUAACAAAAUUCGAGAUAAGAGAAGUAUGGAUUAUAGUCAAGUUGUCGUGAAAUUAGGUGAUUUUGGGCUGGCUAAAUCGUUGGAAGCCAGUAUUCAAUUUGCAACAACAUACGUAGGGACGCCUUAUUACAUGUCGCCUGAAGUAUUAAUGGAUCAACCAUAUUCACCCCUUAGUGAUAUCUGGUCACUUGGUUGUGUAAUAUUUGAAAUGUGUUCCUUGCAUCCGCCAUUUCAGGCGAAGAAUUACCUUGAAUUACAAAAUAAGAUUAAACAAGGGAAUUUUGAAAAAAUACCGGAAUACUAUUCUGGUGGAUUGAAUUUGAUGAUCCACUCUAUGGUGGAUGUUAACUUGAAAACGAGGCCUUCCACCUUUGAAUUGUUACAAGACAUUCAAAUUCGAACAGCCAGAAAAUCUUUGCAGCUGGAAAGAUUUGAGAGAAACCUACUCGAUUAUGAGAACGAGCUUGUUAACAUCGAGAAGAUAUUGGAGAAACAGGCCCUAGAGUAUGAACGAGAAGUUUCACAGCUGAAAGAGCAAUUUGUUCAGGCUGUGGAAGAACGCGUGCAUGAGGUUGUAAAAGGGAAGAAGAUGGGUAAAGUUCCUGAAGCAAUUCAUCGUUACUACGAUAAACGAUUACCUGGACCUGCUUAUCAUUGGCAAACAAGAUAUCGAUAA